GUCUUUCUCUUCACCGAUAAGACCAAAAAUCUGCUCUUGGUUUUUUAAUUUUCCUUUUAAUUUGGUUGAUUUGAUUUGAUUAUUUUUCCUUUUUUAAUUGUUUUUUUUUAAUUACGUUGAUUCUUUAAUCAUGUCUGAAACUGGUGAUGAUGUUUUCGAUGAAAUUAUCGGUGAUGAUGAUGCUUUGUCUUCACCUUCUCAUUACUCCGAUGCUCCUGAACCUGAGGUAGUCAGAGAGGUUGAUAGACGUCGUGGUAUUGAAAAUGAUGACGCUCUUAUGGAACCAAGGGAGAAUGAUGAUGAAGAAGGGGAAGAUCUUUAUGGUGAUAAUAUGUCUGAUGAUUAUCGACCUAUUCCUGAACUCGAUGUUUAUGAUGCUGAUGCUCUUGAUGAUCGUUCUGCUUCUGAACUUUCAAUCUCAGCUCGUAUUCAGGCUGAAGCUGAUAUGAGAGCCAGAGAUCGAGCUGAAGCUCGAGGUACUGGCCGAAUGCGAAGAGGUCUUGAGAUUUUUGAUGCCAGUUCGGAAUCAGAUACUUUCCGUAUUUCCGAUAUUAAAAAACGUCGAAUGAUGGCUGCUAAAGGUUUAAGAAAAGAUGGCGAUUCUGAUUUAUUGGACGAUGAUGAACCUAUGGAAUCAAUUGAAAAUCUUGGUGAUACAAGAGGUCUAACUGUUCGAGAACAUGUCUCUUCAAAUACUCGGCGAGAAAUUCAUCACAGAUUCAAAAAUUUCUUAAGGACUUAUGCUGAUGCUAAAGGCAGAAUUGCUUUCAAAGAAAUCAUCAAACAAAUGUGUGAAGAGAAUAAACAAAGCUUCGAUGUAAGUUAUCCAGUUCUUGCUCACGAAGAGCCAAACAUUGCAUGGCUCGUUAUCGAGGCUCCAUUUGAAGUUUUCGAGAUUCUCAAUGCCGCUGCAAAAGAAGUAGUUUUAUCAAUCUUUCCAGCUUACGAAAGAAUUGUAGCUGAAAUAGCAGUUCGAAUCUCUGAUUUACCAAUCUCGGAAGAUAUUCGUUCAUUGAGACAAUAUCAUUUAAAUCAACUUAUUCGAACCUAUGGUGUUGUUACCUCUUCUACCUCAGUUUUACCUCAGCUUCGAGUGGUAAAAUAUGAUUGUAAAUGUGGUUAUAUUCUUGGACCUUUUGUUCAAAAUCAAGAUACCGAAUUGAAACCAGGCUCAUGUCCAGAAUGUCAAAGUCUCGGGCCAUUUACCGUUAACAUGCAGGAAACUGUCUAUCAAAACUAUCAACGAAUAACAAUUCAAGAACCUCCUGGUAGAAUCUCCGCCGGUCGAAUUCCUCGUUCCGAAGAUGUUAUCUUGUUGGGUGAUCUUUGUGACACUUGUCGUCCUGGAGAUGAAAUUGACAUUACCGGAGUUUAUACUCACUCAUAUGAUGGUUCAUUGAAUAUCGCAAACGGAUUUCCUGUUUUUGCAACAGUUAUUGUUGCCAAUUAUAUUCUGAAACGUGAUGACUGGUCAUUCUCCGGUAAUCUAACUGAUGAGGAUACUAAAGCUAUUAUCAAACUGUCAGAAGAUUUAAGACUCUCUGACCGUAUCAUUGCAUCAAUUUCUCCUUCAAUUUAUGGUCAUAAAGACGUUAAAAGAGCCUUAGCAUUGGCAUUGUUUGGCGGUGAGUCCAAAAAUCCUGGUCAAAAGCACAGAGUUCGAGGUGAUAUCAAUGUUCUCAUUUGUGGUGAUCCUGGUACAGCUAAAUCUCAAUUUUUGAAAUACUUAACCAAAAUUGCUCCAAGAGCUGUUUUCACCACGGGUCAAGGUGCUUCUGCCGUCGGUUUAACCGCUUUCGUCCAAAAAAGUCCAGUAACCCAAGAAUGGUGUUUAGAGGCUGGUGCUUUAGUUCUUGCCGAUAAGGGUGUUUGUCUUAUUGACGAGUUCGACAAGAUGAGUGAAAAAGACAGAACCAGUAUCCACGAGGCAAUGGAACAGCAAAGUAUCUCUGUUUCAAAGGCUGGAAUUGUGGCCUCACUUACCGCUCGAUGUUCGGUUAUAGCUGCUGCCAAUCCAAUUGGAGGUCGAUACGAUUCAUCAUCUCCAUUCUCUCAGAAUGUUGAUCUAACAGAGCCAAUUAUUUCUCGAUUUGAUAUUCUUUGUGUUGUUCGAGACAUUCCAGAUCCUGAUGAAGACGAACGAUUAGCAAAAUUUGUUGUUCGAUCGCACAUUAAACAUCAUCCAUCCCUUGAAGGUGAUGAACUUAUCAAAAUGAAUGAAACAAUGGUUGAGGUUUAUGAAGAUCCAGAGAUAGAACCUAUUCCUCAAGAUUUAUUGAAAAAGUACAUUAUGUAUGCACGUGAAAGAAUUCAUCCUAAAUUACAUCAGAUUGAUCGAGAGCGAAUCUCUCGACUUUACACUGAACUCCGUCGAGAAUCACUAGCCACAGGUUCCAUUCCAAUAACAGUUCGACACAUUGAAGGUAUCAUUCGGUGCGCUGAAGCUCACGCUAAAAUGUAUCUCAGAGAUGUUGUGACCAAUGAUGAUGUCGACAUGGCUAUUCGUGUAAUCCUUGAGUCUUUUGUUGAUACACAAAAGUUCACUGUCAUGAGACAAAUGAGAAAUACAUUCUCCCGAUACCUGACAUAUAAACGAACACCCGAAGAACUCCUUCUAUUGAUAUUGAAACAAUUGGUUCACGAACAAAUGGUGAUCGCUCGUGGAAAAGCUCAAGGAGAUAUUCAUCUUGACGAAAUUACCAUCCCAGAGAAAGAUCUUCUUUCUAAAGCCAAACAAUUAAGGAUUUACAAUGUUCAACAAUUUUAUCAGAAAUCAAUCUUCAAAUCACAUAACUUUAGUUAUGAUCCAAAAAGAAAAGUUAUCGUUCAAAAAGUUUAAAACAUUAACUCCUUAAGUGCCAUUUCCAUUGAUUUUACCGUUAAAAUCAAAUUGCUCAUCUCUAUUAUCUCACAAUCAUCAACAAUUUCAAUAUCUACUUUUAAUACAAGCUAAUUUUUUUUUACUACUCUUAACAUUUAAUUAAUAGUUACACAAUUGAAUCAUUUUCCCAUGUUUAAUUUGUAUAUUAAACACUCAAAGUGAACUUGAAAAUAACAAGUAAUUGUAUCGAAAAAUGAAUUAACCUGAUUAAGCAACAACAAUAAGAUUUGAGUGACUUAAUUGUAACUAAAUGUUGAUGAUUCAGUAAAGAGGAACCAUUAACUGCUCAUCACGGAUUAAUAGAUGCGUUUCAAGUUCAACCGAACAAGUGAAGAUGAAAGAGAAAUAUCUUCCGGUGAUGAUGAAAACAUUAAUCUUCCGUUAAGCUUAAUUGCUUAACAGAAUUUAAUUUGAUUCCAUUCUCAUCUAGAUCUUUUUAUUUUCCUUCCUAUUCUUUAACCUUCUCAUAACUUGAUGAUGAUUAUAAAUUGAAAACACGUUCACACGUUUAUAACAAUUAAAUCUAAUUUAAUUUCAACAAUACCCAAAA